AUGGCCGAGCAGAACCCCCCCGCGCAGCCCGCCGCCGGCGCCGGCACCGGAGCCACCUACAAGGCGCCCACUCCCAAGCCGACCCAGAACCCGGCUCUUCGCAUGAUGGGCCUGCCGAACCUCCCCCGGAAGCUGCCCUCCCGCAACUGGCUCAUCUUCUGGGCCAUCACAGGCACCAUCUCCGCUGCCAUCAUCUACGACAAGCGCGAGAAGAAGCGAGCCACAGCAAAGUGGAAGCACGUCGUCGCCCCUCUUGCCAAGGACACCAUCAGUUCGGCGAGCCAGCUUCCCCGCAAGUUGACCAUCUACCUCGAGGCGCCCCCCGGCGACGGUCUGCGCGUUGCCCAGGACCACUUUAUUGAGUAUGCGAAGCCCGUCCUCGCGGCUUCGGGUCUGGACUGGGAGUUUGUUCAAGGAAGGCAACAGGGUGACGUGAGAGCCGCCGUGGCAGAGAAGAUUCGCCGAGCGCGGAGAAAGGAUGAACGACCAGAUGAGGUGGAUCUACAAACAGACGAAGCUACCAUCGAGGCAUUGAGGAAAAAGAACAGUGUGCCAGAGUACGAGGGCACAAAGGGUGAUAUCAUCUUUGGACGGCAUACAUGGAAGGAGUACGUGAGAGGUCUGCACGAGGGCUGGCUUGGACCUCUUGAUCCUCCUGCUAAACCUGAGCCCGAAACGACGACGACCGCUAUUGAGGGUUCUCCUGAGGACGUAAAGACUGAGGGAGAGGGAGAGAAGCCGGAGGAGAAGAAGGAAGACGAGAAGAAGGAGGAUGAAAAGAAGCCUGAACGACCACCUCAACCACCCCCUUACAACUCCCCCGACGACUACUCUCUGGCCAGCCUCCCUGCCCAGAUCCCCUUUGAGUUCUCCCCUUCCAACCCCAUCCCCUUCCCCCACCGUCUCGGCUUCCGCCAUACUUUUGUCCGCCUCAACCGCUUCUUCAACCGCCGCAAGCUCGCCGACGAGAUCGGCCGCGAGGUCGCCGCCGUGUGCUUCGCCGCCUCCUCCCGGGAAUGGCGCGAGGCUGACGGCCAGUACGAGCAGCAGCUCGUCCUACAGCAUGAGGAGAAGGACUGGGUCAAGUCGGUGUGGGACAACGAGGCCCCCAAGGAGGAUGACAGCGCUGCUGCUCCUGCCGUGCCCGCCAAGGAGAAGAUCUGGGCGUCGCCCCUUGUCGUUGAUGCUCGUCUAAUGCAGCGCAUGCGUCGGUUCGAGAUCAGCUCUGAGGACGAGGCCCGCGCUGCUCAGAUCGUCGUCCCCGAGGCGGAGAUCGAGGGAUGGAUCAAGGGCAGCUUCCGCAGCCUUUGGCGCUGGGGAGUCGAUUCCUGGAACGCCAAGCCCAUGAGGCCCAAUGUCGGCGAUGUGAACAACGACGAGUAA